UCUCAUCUUCAUCAAAGACUAACUGAACACAUGGAAACAGAAGCUGCUGUAGAGGACUGUGGAGGACCAGAACCAGACAGGAAGUCGGAUCCAGAUAGACCUCCAGAACCAGUUACUGGAGACUCCAGAGAGACUGAUGUCAGUGACGACUGGAAGAAGACCAGAGAACCUCAGUCAGGUCUGAACUCUCUGACUCAUGAAGUUGAUGUGAUUGAUUCAAAAUUUAGUUCUGUUGGUGUCAAGUGCUCAGUUUGUGAUAAAAGCUUUAAUCGCAAGUCACGGCUGAAGAGACACAUGAUGACUCAUACAGGGGAGAAACCGUUCAGCUGCUCCGAGUGCGAUAAAAGCUUUAGUCGCGAAGGACGGCUGAAGUCCCACAUGGCGACUCAUACAGGGGAGAAACUGUUCAACUGCUCACAGUGUGAUAGAGGUUUUAAUGUGAAGGGAGCUCUGAGGAAACACAUGCUUAGUCACACGGGAGAGAAACCGUUCAGCUGCUCAGAGUGUGACGAAAGCUUUCAAUUCCCACGACAACUGAAGUCCCACAUGAUGACUCAUACACGAAGGAAACCGUUCAGCUGCUCAGAGUGUGGUAAAGGAUUUAUUGAAAGUGGAGGUCUGAAAAAACACAUGCUGUGUCACACAGGAGAGAAACCAUUCAGCUGCACUGUCUGUAAGAAAUCCUUUAGACAGAAGGGAUAUAUACAGAAGCACAUGUUAAUUCACACGGGAGAGAAACCGUUCAGCUGCCCCAAGUGUGACAAAAUGUUCUCACAGCGUUCAUCUGUGCAGUCGCACAUGAGAGUUCACACAAGAGAGAAACCGUUCAGCUGCUCAGAGUGUAACCAAUCUUUUAUAUGGAAGGGAGGUUUGAGGGCACACAUGGUCACUCAUACCGGAAAGAAAAUGUUCAGCUGCUCAGAGUGUGAUAAAACCUUUAUUGAAAGUGCAGGUCUGAAGUACCACAUGAGAAUCCACAAAGGAGAGAAGCCUUUCUGCUGCCCGCAGUGUAAAAGACAUUUCACACUGCGUUCAUCUCUGCAGACACACAUGAAAAUCCACACGGGAGAGAAACCUUUCCGCUGCUCAGAGUGUGGGAGAGGUUUUAUUGAAAGUGGAAAUCUGAAGAACCACAUGAGAGUCCACACAGGAGAGAAACCCUACUGCUGCGCAGUCUGUAAAAACUAUUUCACACAGCGUUCAUCUUUGCAGAAACACAUGAGACUCCACACGGGAGAGAAACCGUUCGGCUGCUCAGAGUGUGGGAGAGGUUUCAGUGAAAGGGGAAAUCUGAAGAGACACAUGUUAACUCACACAGAAGAGAAACCUAAAAGUUGCUCACGUUGUGAGGAAACAUUUCUGUGCAUUAGAGAACUGAAGGUGCACAUGUUAACUCACACAGCAGAGAACUCUCUUUCGUGGUUUUGAUCAAGUUGAGAGCUCAGCGGUGGAUCAGCUGGUCCUCACGGUAAAGAGAGUGAAGAGCCUCCUGUUGGUGGAGUAUUUUACCACGUUGCACUCCCGAUGACUGCAAACACAAACACAUCCCACGCGCAGUACAACAAAGGCGGGGUCACACAUCUACUUUUCUCUGCAUGAUCUAUUAUUCAUCUUUAAAACUUGUUAAAUGUUUUAUUUUUGAUAACAAAGCUUUCUAGGAUUACGGUGUUUUAGAGCUGCAGACCACGGAAUGGGAGCAGCUAUUAACUUGGUGGUAGAGUACACUAAAUAGUGUGUUUACUCGACAAUAUAAUCUAUGUUUGAAAUGACUGAUAUCAUCUGGACUACGAUGUCAUUCCUUUUUCACAUGGUUUAUCUUGAAGUCUUGUAUUAGUUGUAUUAAUUCCAGGUGUUGCGAACUAUUGUUGCUGUUAACAUUUUAAUCUUGUGUUAAAUAAAUAUCAACUGCAUUGCAGUGAA